UCAGUAUUAUCAAACUGACAGAAAAUGAACACGAUAAUGAGAUAAAAUGGUCUUUCUGUGUGACUUAUAAAAGGUGUACUCUUUUAUUUGUGUGAUCAUAUGCACUUGAAGAAUUUAUCUUGCGAUCACCAGCCCCCACCCCUUCUUUUUCUUUUUUUUUUCUUUUUUAUUUCGUCAAACAAAAAUGGAAGAACAUGAUAAUAUCGUAAAGAGCUUAAACAAUGACUUUAAAAAUGUCGAUAGAGCCUAUCAGACCAGUGAAAUGCGAGUAUUCGGUAAAAAUACAGGUCAGAUAUUUAGGGAACUUGAUGUGAUUAGAAGGAAACAGAUCGAUUUAGCAAGCGAUCAUGUAUCAUUAGAAGCCAUCAAUGAUAUACAGCCUCCACAUUUAGUGAAACAACCCCAUUCAGCCAACAAGAAUUUCGAGAAAAAAGAGGCUGUACUAAAAAGCAUGAUGGAAAAGGGAUCGCUUUAGAAGAAUUUCUAAACAUGAUUAUGUAGGACAAGAUACAUUAACAUCAACAGAUCAACAACGAGACAGACAAACACUAUAACUUAGUUUAUUUUAUUACAAGGGAA